ACCCUUCCCAUGCACCUCCUCCCCACCACCCAUCCCCCAAUUUUCUUUUAAUUUCCCUUCCUCGGUUCUCUGCGGCAUUUUCACAAACAUCCAAACGGCAUCCCGUCGACGUACUUCCCAUUUAUUAUACUCUUUCUUAACAUGGGACUUUGAGCUCGUUUUCAACAAAGAAUCGUAUCCCAACGUUGCUAACGUUAUCUGUUUGGUUGUCUUCUUCUUUUUUGGUUUAUAAUCUAUCCAUGAAAUGAAGAACAAAGGAAGAAGUAACAGUGGUUCUCUAAUUGGGUUUGGGAGUUUUCUGGGUUUUUCAUGGCUGCUUGUGAUUUGUUAGGUGAAGGGAAUAAUGGGAGUGGUGGUAGUAAUGGCGGUCGUGAAAUUAGUCCACUGACGGUGACGACGACUACCGUGUCGAAUAGUAGCAGUGGGAGUAAUCCUUCAGAGAGGAAGAUGGUAAGGAAGAGAAUGGCGCCGGAAGUUGCGGACUACCACCGGUUUCCUCGCCGGAGUUUGCCUUCGGAGAAUGUAGUCGGGUGUUCUUUCUUGGCGACGACUACGGUGGGUAAUGGUGUGGGUAAUUCUAACCCUUUUCUCAACUACUCCACUAUGAAUGUGAAUACGGCCAUGGUGUCUCCUGCCGUGACGUCAGCCGGACCUGGUUUUUUAUCAACUACUUUACCCAACUUUUCUUGCGUCGAAAACCUACCUGCUAAUCCUCCUCAGGCUCCUGCUGUCUGUGGGUUCUCCGGUCUGCCGUUGUUUCCACCUCCGGAGAGAAAUCGAAACCCCACCCCCACCGCUAGCACUACGUCUUCAUCGGUUGCUUUGGCUCCGAUUUCCAUGGAGGACUCGACGGCCACCGCUUGGGUCGACAGCAUCAUCAAGGACUUAAUCAACAGCUCCACCAACGUCUCGAUUCCACAGCUCAUCCACAACGUACGGGAAAUCAUCUAUCCCUGCAACCCAAACCUCGCUUCUCUCCUUGAGUACAGGCUCCGGUCGUUAAUGGAUCCUCUGGAGAGGAGAAGGAAGGAGGUGCAACCGUUGCAACUGCCGCUUCCGGCGGGGUUGCUGCAGAGGCAAGCCGGACUCGCACUCAACUUGGAUCCUGCAACUCUUGAUACUGUCUCGAAUUUCUCCUUACCGGAAUCUUCUGCGCUGAACCCGUACUUAAACUGGGGAAUAACUCCGCCGCUUCCAAUCCCCACCGGCGACGGAAACGACAACCAGCAUCAAAUCCCUAAUCUUCCUUCCACUGCACCGGUUCUUUCACUAGAUCAAACCCAGGAUAUUUCUCCACCGCAAGUAUCUCAGGCUCGGGAACAACCGCUGGAAGAAGAAAACUCUUCGCCAGCAGCCACAGCGACGCCACCUCCAACCACCGCUCCGACGCCCUCGCCCACCGUCCAAACGAGUAGCGCUAGAGACAGAAAAGAGGAGUUAAGGCAGCAGAAAAGAGACGAGGAAGGGUUGCACCUAUUGACCUUACUCCUGCAGUGCGCGGAGGCGGUUUCAGCGGAUAAUUUCGAUGAAGCGAACCGGAUGCUUCUAGAACUUUCCGAGCUGGCAACUCCGUUCGGAACAUCAGCGCAGCGCGUGGCGGCGUAUUUCUCAGAAGCAAUGUCUGCGAGGCUAGUGAGCUCGUGUCUAGGAAUCUACGCUACUCUACCGUCCCUUCCGCAGAGCCAUAGCCAAAAAAUGGUGUCGGCGUUCCAAGUGUUCAAUGGAAUCAGCCCGUUCGUAAAAUUCUCCCAUUUCACGGCGAACCAGGCGAUCCAAGAAGCGUUCGAGAGAGAGGAGAGGGUGCACAUCAUAGAUCUCGACAUAAUGCAAGGACUGCAGUGGCCGGGACUCUUCCACAUCCUGGCGUCCAGACCCGGCGGCCCUCCCCACGUCCGCCUCACCGGCUUCGGAACCUCCGACGAAGCCCUCAAAGCCACCGGCAAACGCCUCUCGGAUUUCGCAGAGAAGCUGGGUCUCCCGUUCGAGUUCCAUGCUGUAGCAGAGAAAGUCGGGAAGUUAGACCCAGAAAAGCUGAUCGUCAACAAAAGGGAAGCCGUCGCCGUCCACUGGUUGCAGCAUUCGCUCUACGACGUCACUGGAUCUGAUACCAACACCCUAAGCCUCCUGCAAAGAUUGGGGCCGAAGGUGGUGACAGUGGUGGAGCAGGACCUGAGUCCGGCAGGAUCGUUUCUGGGGAGGGGUAGCUUAGAGAUGAGAGGGAGAGCGUUAGAAAGAGAGAGAGCACCGGAGAGGGUGACCGACAACAGAGGACGAGGAAGGAGAGCACAUCGAUAUGAGGGAAUUCAGCCGGAGAGCAGGAACCGUCCGACGGAAUACUACGGGGGAUUCGAGAAGAAGAUUUACAACCAAGCAUCACCUUUCUUUUUCACAAAUUUCCCCGAAGACUGGUCCUUUGAAGAGAUGUGGGGAACAUUCAACAGAUUGGGAGAGGGAAGGGUAAUCGAAAUUGACUGUCCGAAAAAGAGGGACCGUCUGGGAAGGAGAUUUGGUUUUGUUAGAUUCUUGGAGGUCAAGGAUGACAGAGAGCUGGAAAGAAAGCUAAACCAAGUUCAUAUUGGAGGCUUUAAACUUCAAGCCAACAAACCCAGGUUCCAGAAGACAGGACAUGAAGUUCAAAAGCAAAUGAAUAUGGGAAACAGGGUGAAUGGGACAGCGAAAGGUGUGGAUACAUCAGAGACAGAAACUCAUCAGAAACCAUCGUAUGCCGAGGUAGUAAAAAGAAGAAUGGCAGAAAACCAGGAUCGGGGACAAAAAACGAAGCAUUAUCAUGGAACUAGUAACAGAGAGCUAAUCAACAACGCCAGGACAAGUGCACAAAGUAAAUGGAGAUGGAAGCCAAAACAACAACAUCAAGAAUGGGCAGGAAUGGAGUUUAAUGUCAAUCAGAAUGAGUAUGAAUGGCUGGAAAAUUGCUUUGUAGGAACAGCUCACUCGGCUACAAUGAUUCCAACCCUGCAAGAAAAAUUCUUUAUGGAGGGAAUCUUCUUCUGCAAAAUCAGAGCAAUGGGAGGCAGGCUAGUCUUGCUGGAAGGACAUGAGAAAGAAGACUUGAAAGAGCUGAAAAAACGCCUUGAUGUUGCUAGAUUCCUCAUUUCAACUCCUGUGACGGAAUACAUCUCAAAGCACCUAACCAUAAAGAUUAAUGGGGUGGUGUACAAAAUCAAAUUCUCAGAGGAGGAAUCAAGCAAUAGUCUGUAUAUAAUGAAUACAGACUUUAAAUUAAAAGGCGAUUACAAAAGUGAGGAAGAAUGGCCAACAGAAGAUUCAGAGAGUGAAGCAGGCCAUGGGUCUCAAUAUUUUGACUCAGAACAUACCAAGGGCGAGGAAGAAGACGAUUACAUGGCAACCGAACUGCCGGUGCCGGAGACAGACGGGGAAGAUGGCGAGGGAGCUUUGGAAGCAGCGAACCACUCACCAGAUGUCACAUCAGCGGCGGAGUGGGUGAGUCAACAAAUUCAAAAAAAUAACCAUAAUAAGAAGAAAGAGAAGAACACAGCUGAAAGGACAGAAGAUGGAGCCUCCGUGACAGAAGGAAUGGUCAGACUGUCUAAAAGACCAAAGGAGAGGGCAGUGAGCAGGAAGGAAGGAUCAACGGGAAAACAUUUAAUGCUCGAUGGGCUCGAGGGGGAUGUGAGAAGGAGGGGAACAGAUUCGGAAGACAACAAAGAAAAAGAAAGCAGCAGAGGGACUUUCAAAUUGGGAACAACGGACGAGGCUUCAGGGGAAAACAACAUAGAAUGCAGCACAAAAAGUAGCACGAUGGAGCAGAGGGGAAUUCCAAAUGGGCCUGUUGGGCCAGCAAAGGAAAAAACAUCAGAAAAAGGGAAAGACGGGUUACAGAAGCAUGGGCCAAAGCAUGAAAUGUUAAACCCAUUAUCUUUGGGUAAGCCCAACAAAAAGAAUGCUAGCAAACCAAGCCACGGGAGAAAUGAAGAAAUAGAUAGCUUCUGGAAAGACAUGGACAGCAAUUCAGAGGGGUGUAACUCAGAGGGGAUGCCGAAUUGGACAAGAAAAGGAGAAGGAAAGAAGAAACAAAGACAGAAAAGAAGAGUAAAGACCUGCAGAUCUGUGUAUAUACAAUCAGGCGGACUCAAAGGCACUCGGCUGCAGAAAAAAAAGAAAGGGAAAAGGCUGGUGACGGAAAAAAUGGAGCAGGAGGUGGCCUUCGAAGCAAACUCAGCAGAUCUGAUAGCAGACGACUCAAUAGAUGACAGCAAUAUCCAGAAUUGCAACAGGAGCAUUGAUAUGAAGAAUAGCAGUAGAGACACAGAAGCAUUAUGGAGACGCAUCAAGGAAUUGGGCGUAUCAACAGAAGGGAAUGAGAUACCGGUGGUGCGAAAGCUAGAAGAAAUGGAGCAAAGGGACAGAGAAAGAAGAAAUAAGGACACGGUAAGCAUUCUGACUGGAAAUCAGCACAGAGUAGAGAUUUUGUUUUUGCAAGAAACAAAAAUGGAAAUAGUAGACAAACAAUUAUGUAGAAAACUCUGGGACUCCGACAAUAUGGAGUGGGUGGCAAAACCGUCAUCGGGAGCCUCCGGAGGAUUAAUCAUAAUCUGGAAUAGUGAGGUAUUCAAGAAAUUAGAUGUUUUUGAAGGUGAUGGUUUUCUUGGGAUUUAUGGGUUAUGGGGACCUGAAGCUCACCCGUGCAUUUUGUGUAAUGUAUACUCUCCGUGUGAUUUGGAGAAAAAGAAAACUCUGUGGGGAUCACUUCAGCAGAAAAUAAAGAACAACAGGGGAUGCUGGUGCAUAGGGGGUGAUUUUAAUGCCAUCAGAUGUCUUCAAGAAAGGAAGGGAGGAAGGAGUGCAAGGAGAGAUAUCACGGGUUUUGAAGAAUUCAUCUUGAACAGCGGAUUGAUGGAUUUACCACUAUUGGGAAGGAAAUAUACAUGGUAUCAGCCGAAUGGUCAAUGCAUGAGUCGGUUGGACAGGUUCUUGUUCAAUGAUGAAUGGUUAACGAAAUGGCCUGAUUUGAAGCAAUGGGGUCUUCACAGAUCUAUGUCGGACCACACCCCAAUAUUGGUAAAAAAUGAAGCACAUAAUUGGGGUCCAAAGCCAUUCAAACUGUUUAAUGCUUGGCUACAAAACCCGGGAUUUUCAGAGAUGGUUGCAGCAAAAUGGAGAGAGAUUUCAGUCCAGGGAUGGGGUGGAUUCAUUUUGAAGGAAAAAUUGAAGAAAACUAAAGAGUUCCUUCGGAAUAUGCAAUUGAAAGAAGAGAUGGCCCAACAAAAAGCAAGGAAAAACUGGUUGAAAACAGGAGACGCUAAUACCAGCUUCUUCCACAAAUGCAUCAAAGGGAGAUGGUGCAGAAAUGAAAUAAAUGUAAUCUCCAUAGGGGGCGAAGAGUUUAGGCAAGUUGGAGAUAUAAAACAAGGAAUAAUGAAGUAUUUUGAGAACUUAUUUACUGAUGAGGGAUGGACAAGACCAAAGUUAGAGGGGCUCAAAUUCAGAACCAUUUCGAAGGCAGAUAGAUGUAUGCUUACUGAGCCUUUUACAGAAGAGGAAGUCAAAACAGCGGUAUGGAAUUGUGACAGCACCAAAGCACCAGGGCCAGAUGGAUUUACUUUCGGUUUUAUAAAGAGUGAAUGGGAGGUGAUCAAGGCAGACAUCAUGGAAUUCCUUAAGGAUUUUCACAGCAACAGAAAAUUGGUAAGGGGGUCUAAUGCUUCUUUUCUUGUCUUGAUACCGAAGACAGAGAACCCCCAAGGUGUGGAGGAAUAUCGACCCAUCUCUUUAAUUGGAUGCACUUACAAAAUUCUUGCUAAGCUGCUAGCAAAUAGGCUCAGCAAAGCAUUGAACUCAAUUAUAGGAGAAAAUCAAUCUGCUUUUAUUGAGGGAAGGCAACUUGUAGAUGGAGUGGUUGUUGCAAAUGAAGCAAUUGAUGGGGCACGAAAAAGAAAAUCCCGGUGCUUUAUUUUCAAAAUCGACUUUGAAAAAGCUUAUGAUAAUGUGAGCUGGUCCUUCCUUGAUUACAUGAUGGAGAGAAUGGGUUUUGAUAUAGUAUGGAGGGGGUGGAUCUUAGAAUGCUUAAGAUCAAACACGGUGUCCGUUUUAGUCAACGGAAGUGCUACCAAAGAGUUCUCGAUGACAAGAGGGCUCCGACAAGGCGACCCAUUAUCCCCAUUCCUGUUCCUAAUGGUGGCAGAAGCUCUAAAUGGACUAACUUCCGCAGCUGUUGCAAAGGGUUACUUCCGGGGAGUCAAAAUAGGAAAGGGAGAGUUAGAAGUCAGCCAUCUUCAGUUUGCGGAUGACACACUUUUUAUGGGAGAGGCGACUGAAGACAACAUUUGGACAGCAAAAUGCAUAAUGAGGGCAUUUGAAUUGGUGUCAGGUUUGAAGAUAAACUACAGAAAAAGCUCUCUAAUUGGAGUGAAUACAGAUGAAGACUGGAUCAGAAGCAUGGCAUGGAUGCUGAAUUGCAAAACCGAGUCCCUCCCUUGUAAAUAUCUCGGCAUGCCAUUGGGGGCAAAUCCAAAGAGAAUAACCACCUGGAGACCUCUAAUAGACUCAUUCAGAAGAAAGCUCUCAGUCUGGAAAGGAAGAUUCUUAUCGCUCGGUGGACGAAUAACCCUCAUAAACGCUGUGCUAUCCAGCCUACCAGUGUUCUUGAUGUUGGUAUAUCUGCUCCCAAAACAGGUAAUCCAUGAACUUGAUAAAAUUAGGAGAAAUUUUUUGUGGGGAGGGGUUGAGGGAGGCAAAAAAAUAGCUUGGGUAUCCUGGGACAGGGUGUGCAACACAAAAAAAGAGGGAGGGCUGGGGGUAAAAAACCUUAGAUGGUUUAACAUAGCCUUGCUAGGCAAAUGGUGGGCGAGAUUAAUAGGGGGAGAGAAGGGCCUUUGGGCGAGGGUGCUGCUAGAAAAAUAUGGCAGCAAGGAUGGAAAUUGGUUAUCAUGGUUGAGUGAGGAAAGAGUCUUAGGAUCAUCAUGGUGGAAUGAUAUUUGUAAAUUAAACACGGGUGUAGGUAGCAAAGAUAGGUGGUUGCUUCUGAAUUUCAAAAUGAAUUUGGGAGAAGGGAAAAUUGUUAGAUUCUGGCUAGACACAUGGGUGGGAGGGACCUCUUUGGCUAAUGUUUUUCCAAGGCUGUUUUUGCUGGCUACAGAAAAGAAUUGCAGCAUCAAUCAAAUGGGACAUUGGAACGACGGAAGCUGGGAUUGGAAAUUCAAGUGGAGAAGACCACUUAGAGCUUGGGAAGAGGAAAAUUUGCAACAAUUGUUGGAGACAAUAAAACACAUAAAACUAGUGCAAGGCGCAUCGGACACUUGGUGCUGGAGCUUAGAGACCGGGGGAAGAUAUACCACAAGAACAGCCUAUAUGCAGCUAGCAAAAAAAGAAGAGAAUAGGCUGCUGGAGUACACAAAAAUAUGGGAGGCGCAAGUCCCACCAAAAGUAUGCUACCCAUGCACGGAAGAUGAGGAAGACCCACCCAAGCUCGUUCGUGCAAUUCCUUUGAUUUGGCUACCCAUCCAUGAAGAGUGGGGGCCUAGUGCUAGGGCUGGGUGCAAUGCCCUUACAGCCACUGCUAACUCUGAGCCACGGUCCAUGGUCACAUUGUUUGCAAAGCCUAGGCCAUUAUUCAUGCCCUACUUGGUCACAAGCAAUGUUACUUAUUGACUUUGAGUGCACUCUUCACCUAAAUUUUACACCCUUCUAUAAGUUAGCUCAUCUAAUUCCUUUUUUUUUUUCUUUCUUUCUUUCUGAUAUGGGGUUCCUUUCUCCUCUCUUCUUUACCUUUUAGCCUAUAGCAUUUUUCUUUUUUUGCAAACAAAUAUACAUGUUUUCAAAAA